UCAAGCUUUUUGAACGCAAAGAUGAAGACAAGCUCUGAAUUGUUAAAUGGAAUCAAGUGAUUAUUUUAUUACGUUGCCCGUCUUUUUUUCUUCAUCUGCAUUUUUCUUCUAGUUUGUGUUUUGAUACAGGAAAAUGUCUACGCUCAAUGUGCCCCCUAUUCCUCCUUCCCCGAGAGAUGAUGCGAUCCAACUUUACAGUGCUUUCAAGGGAUUUGGGUGUGAUACUAGCAUAGUCAUCAAUAUACUUGCACAUAGAGAUGCUACGCAGCGUGCCUACAUCCAACAAGAAUACAGAACUAUGUAUUCUGGGGACCUUCUCAAACGUUUAUCUUCUGAGCUUUCUGGAAAGUUGGAGACUGCAGUUCUGCUUUGGAUGCAUGACCCUGCAGGCCGUGAUGCAAUAAUCCUUAAGCAGUCUCUAACUGUGGCAAAAAAUCUUGAAACCGCUACUGAAGUAAUAUGUUCACGCACACCAUCUCAACUACAAUAUUUAAGACAGAUAUACCAUUCUAAAUUUGGCACUUAUCUUGAGCAUGACAUUGAAAGAAACACCUCUGGGGAUCAUAAAAAGAUUCUGCUUGCAUAUGUAAGCACACCACGUCAUGAAGGUCCUGAGGUUAAUAGAGAAAUGGCUCAGAAGGAUGCAAAUGUUCUCUACAAAGCUGGGGAGAAGAAACUGGGAACUGAUGAGAAAACUUUUGUGCAAAUAUUCAGCGAACGUAGUGCGGCACAUUUGGCUGCCAUAAACUAUUUUUACCGUGACAUUUAUGGACAUUCAUUGAAGAAGGCAGUAAAGAAAGAAACAUCAGGGAAUUUUGCUCAUGCACUUUUGACAAUGGUCCAAUGUGCUGAGAAUCCUGCAAAGUAUUUCGCAAAGGUCUUACAUAAGGCAAUGAAAGGUUUGGGGACUGAUGACACAAAACUUAUAAGGGUGAUUGUAACAAGGACAGAGAUUGAUUUACAUAAUAUUAAAGCUGAAUAUUUAAAGAAAUACAAGAAGACUCUGAACGAUGCAGUUCACUCAGAAACAUCCGGCAACUACAGGGCUUUUCUCCUCUCACUUUUAGGUCCCAACCAGUAGUCAAAACUCAAAAUGUUGGAUGUUGUUUAAUGUAGUGUGAUGUUGAAAUGUUGUAUGAGCAGUUCGAAAGAUGUGUUAGUUAAUAGCUAAUUAGAAUUAUGUGGUGUGAUGUUGAAUAUUGUAUGAGCAGUUCAAAAGAUCUUUUAAUUAAUAGCUAAAUAGAAUUAUGUGGUGUGAUGCUGAAGA